AUGUUCAAUAAGGCUCUUUCUUUUGCCAAUGUGAUGGGGUGCUGUAGUUGUUUUGGGUUCAUCAGGACAUCUAACCGUCAAAGACAAAGGUCUAAGCCUGCCGUUAACAAUAAUAUCUUCCAGGAGCCUCUGUUGGAUGUUGAUGACGACAUUGAAGAUGAAGAGGGCGAGCAUUUGUACAACGAUGAGGUUACCGACUCCAGUGGAGAAGAUGGUGGGGAGGAAACUCGUCCCAAGCGAUCAGAAGAUAUUUUGAACUUUAGAGUAGAGAAUGGCAUGGUUUGUAGGCAGUUUCCUGUUAAGGAUACACGUAAAGUUGUUCGCAUGGAGGAUGAAAAUGGGAACAAGAUGAUAAAUGAGUAUAUUCGUGAGUAUAAGAUUGGUUCUGGUAGCUAUGGAAAAGUGGCUCUUUAUCGAAGCUCUCUUGAUGGAAAGCAUUAUGCAAUUAAGGCCUUUCAUAAAUCUCAUUUACUGAAGCUUCGAGUUGCACCCUCGGAAACUGCCAUGACUGACGUAUUACGUGAGGUCCUCAUUAUGAAAAUGCUAGAACAUCCUAAUAUUGUCAAUCUCAUUGAGGUGAUUGAUGACCCAGAAUCAGAUCACUUCUACAUGGUACUUGAAUACGUGGAAGGCAAAUGGGUUUGUGAGGGUUCAGGUCCUGCAUGUGGCUUAGGUGAAGAGACUGCUAGAAGAUACUUGCGUGAUAUUGUUUCUGGAUUGACAUAUCUUCAUGCCCAUAACAUAGUGCAUGGGGAUAUUAAACCAGAUAAUCUGUUGAUUACUCGUCAUGGUACUGUGAAGAUAGGGGAUUUCAGUGUCAGCCAGGCUGUUGAGGAUAACAAGGAUGAACUUCGUCGAUCACCUGGUACUCCUGUUUUCACUGCACCAGAAUGUAUUCUAGGUCUGACCUAUGGUGGUAAAGCUGCUGACACGUGGGCAGUAGGAGUUACUUUAUACUGCAUGAUAUUGGGUGAAUACCCUUUUCUUGGAGACACACUUCAGGAUACAUAUGACAAAAUAGUCAAUAAUCCUUUGGUUCUCCCUAAUGAUUUGAAUCCGCCAUUGAAGAAGUUGAUAGAAGGCUUACUUUCAAAAGACCCAAGAUUAAGGAUGACUUUGGUUGAUGUUGCUGAAGAUAAAUGGAUAAUUGGAGAUGAUGGACCAAUUCCUGAGUACCUUUGUUGGUGCAAAAGGAAGAGCAUGGGGAUUGAAGACCAUGAUGGGAACAAUACCAACUAA